AUGGCGCACGAUAUUACGGAGGGACAGGCCAAGGUCCUCACCACCAUUGAGCGUACCAAUGCAAUCAUAUCAAUGGUGGCAUGUGCCUUUACUAUACUUACCUUCUGCUUUUCCAAGUACUUCAGCAAAUCCAUCAAUCGGCUGGUCUUUUAUGCGUCGUUUGGCAAUCUCUUGUCGGAUAUCGCCAUUAUUAUGUCUCGUGACUUCAUAGACAACCCAGACUCGGCCGGUUGCCAGAUUCAGGCGUUCAUCAUUCAAGUUUUUUUGUCGUCCGACGUAUUGUGGACGUUGGCUAUGGCCAUCAACGUCCACCUCACCCUUUACUACAAAUAUGAAGCCAGAGACGUGCGCAGAUUAGAACCCAUCUACUUGGUGUGCUGCUACGGUAUUCCGCUGAUACCGGGGUUCGCACUGCUUUUCGCACAGGGCCAUCACGGAGUUCGGAUCUUCGGUCCUGCUAUCGCUUAUUGUUGGAUAUCAUCUGACUGGGCUCUUCUUCGUAUUUUGGUCUUUUAUGCACCGAUUUGGGUCGUCAUCCUCGCCAUCUUCGGCAUCUACAUUCGUGCCGGUCGAACGAUAUACAAGGUACGAAAGCAGGUCUACUUCUUUCAGUCGUCCGACCUCGAUCCUAUCUCAAUCGAUGAAGUCACGAGUCCCAUACAAUCCAGCGAUGAAGUACACUCCGUGGGGCCCAUAAUCUCCCACUACGCGACCUCCACCCCAUCGCGAGCUCUUCGCGCCUUACGCCGGCGCAAUCACGAGCGAGACAAUGCUGCCUGGUCAUACACCAAGUGCGCCAUGCUCUUCUUUGGGGCCAUGCUCAUCACAUGGAUACCGUCGAGCGCCAACCGACUGUACUCUCUUACCCACAACAACUCCAUCAGCAUUCCGUUGCAGUUCGUGAGCGCCUUUGUUAUUCCCCUACAGGGGUUCUGGAACUGUGUCGUCUAUGUCACCACGUCGUGGGUGGCCUGCAAAAAUUUGUUCCACGAUAUGUGGCUGGCGACCUGCGCGGGUACCAACAACUUUAUGGAACGUAUCCGUAGCAGGCCGGAUAACGAGGGUGAGGAGAUACGGGAGAAUCGACAGUAGAUCUUCAGUUGCCGUUAUGUUCUCGAGGUGAGGAGCUCGGCUUACAAGUAAUACUAUUGACAUGCUUGUGCUACUUCUAGGGCAAAGUAGAAAUGUUCUGCUUCUGCUUUCGUAAUCGAAGUGUAUGUAUUUAAUAGAAGACGGUGGAAGAACGCACAUAUAGGGGGACUGGCGGUAUGAGGAGGUCCACAGAGGUUUGCAGCAGUCAGUGACAAGGUGCAGACCAAGGUGGCUGAUUCGCAAGGAGACAAACCCAUGAAAAAAUGAACCCCCAAUU